GAAAAGCAAAAUUUUCAUUGCUAUUGCUGAUCGUUGAGUCGGUAUCAUCGUACAUCAAAAUAUUCAACAAAAAACUUAAGGAUGGCAACUUGGAUUGUUUUCGUAUGUACAAUUGUGUGUGUCCAUUUUUAUACUAUUAUCGCAGAGAUACAAACGAGUUCGGAGUUCAGAGACAAGAGCCAUGUGAUAGGUCACCGAAACAGAACGAGUGCUAUCCAGAAAAGGAUAUCAACUAAUUCCGAAUACCCAGAAUACAGCCAAUUAGAUUCAAAUAAUGCUCCUAUUCGCAAUCAACCAAUUAUUCAAAAACGACGUUUAAAGAAAAAUCGACAUACAGUGCAUCUUACAAAGUCGCCUCAGCGCACUAAAAAUACAUAUGGAGUUAAAGCUUCGAGUGGGCGGCGAAAAUCAAAGAAUAAUUUUUCUGCAAAUGAAAACAAAGAAGUUGAGGUAAUCCAAACAUUUGAGGAGAUUCAUGAACAUAUUAAUGAGCCGGAGGACCAAGACGGUCAAUAUCAAGCAUCUGAGCGUUAUGAGAGCCACGAUAUGCCAGAAGCUGGUGUAGAAAAGCAAGAAAAACAUGUUAAAGUCAAAGUUAAGCAUCAUCAUCACCACCAUCAUCAUAAUCAUAUAAAAGAGGUUAUUAAAACAGUACCAAAACCUUAUCCUGUUGAAAAAAUUGUGCAUGUUCCAAUAGAGAAAAUAGUGGAGAAAAUUGUGCAGGUUCCAAGGAUAGUAAAUGUCACUGUGGAGAAAAUUGUGCACGUGCCUGUGGAAAAAAUCGUAGAGAAAGUGGUUCGCAUACCCAAGCCAGUGCACAUACCUAAGCCGUAUAUAGUUGAAAAAAUUAUGGAAAAAAUUGUACAUGUGCCCAAGCCGUAUCCUGUGCUAAGAACUGUCCCCUACCCAGUAGAAAUAAAAGUUCCAGUAACAGUUGAAAAAAAGGUGCCUGUGCCCUUCAGAGUAGAAGUCGAACGCAAAGUUCCAAUAUUCAUACACUCCCAUGAACAAGAACCCAAUGGCAACGAAAAUCGUCACAGUUUCUUAACUGAAAACUACAAUUCACAUCAUGCCAACCGCUAUAAUGCUGCAAAGGAUAUUUCCAAAUUUCAAACUAGCAUAGAGGAACCCAAUGGCAACGAAAAUCGUCACAGUUUCUUAACUGAAAACUACAAUUCACAUCAUGCCAACCGCUAUAAUGCUGCAAAGGAUGUUUCCAAAUUUCAAACUAGCAUAGAAGAACCUAAAAGUAACGAAAAUAGCCAUAGCAUAUUAACUGAAAACUAUAAUCGACACCAUGCAAGUCGCUAUACUGCUCCAAAGGAUGCAUCUAAAUUCCAAUCUGGUUCCUCUGAGCCAAAUGUUAAUGAAAAUCGGCAUGGCAUAUUAACUGAGAGCUACAAUCUACACCAUUCAAAUCGCUACAGUGAUCCAGUGCCAGCAACCAAUCCCGAAGAAUACCAAAGUGCUGAUGGACCAGCCCAAAAAUAUUUGAAUGACAAUUCUGAAAAAAAUAAUUCACCUUUGGAGCAGUCAACAUCUGAGAGUCAAUAUCAUCCAGUGCAAUUUUUAGAAAAUAACACUCCCUUUAAUAUUGUUGUACCCGAUAAUACAACUUCAGAUGAUUUAAGCCCUCAAAGCUAUACUAGCAGUGGGUUUCAGCAAAUACCAAUAUCGCUACCUUUUGAAUUUAUUCAAUUACAACCGAUGGCCUUUCAAAGUCCAUUGAGUUUUCAAUUACCUGUUAUGAAUAAUUCACAAAAUAGCACAUAA